GAAGCAACUGGGGGUUGCCGUGUUCUCACCAAUGGCAACACAGCUUCUUUGUAAGUAAUAAAGGGGGUUUAGAGUAGGGAAAUUAUCUACGGAAGCCAGCUGCUUCUUUUGACUUUGAUCCCAUGCAUCAAAACUUUGCGCUGUAAGCUAUUGGCGGAUCAUAUACAGCUUGCUAUAUACGGUAGAUACGAAGCACAACGACGACGACAUGAACAAGUACGACGACAUGAACAAGCACGACGACAGCAUGGACAAAGAUGGCGGCGAGAUCAACCUGCUCAAGAUUGUCGCGGCCAGAGCCAAUGGUGAGAGGGUGUCGCAACAGUUGGAGCCCGUGAGGUUACCGGUGGUAGUGGGGCAACUCGAGCAGGAGGACACUCCUCAAGACGACUGCGACGACGAAGCGUCUUGCUCGCAGGAGACCCUGAUUAGGACGAUUCUAGAGCAACGACAGAUCCAACAGGAAAAGUCCACAAAGGUGGCAUUGGCAGGCAACAAGUAUACUACUGGUACGAAGAAAAAACAGAAAAUCAAGGAAAGCCUUACUGCAGCUACGGCAACUGAAGACACGGAGCAAGCCCCGGCUUCACAACCCCAUUGUCCCGGCGCCUAUGCCGUAGCAUCCGGUAUAGAACUGCAGAGAGCUAGCACCAAUCAUUGGUCCAGCAUGGUGGGACAUCCUCCGCCCUGUAUCAAUACCACAUGUUGUAGCCACAGCGACGACGACAUGUUGGACGAAGAGCUGGCGCUUUCCCCUCCACGGCUUGUCCGGGAGCAAAACAUGGUCAGACAAGUGGAGCCUGGUGCUGUCUCGGAACCAGGAGGAUCAGAGUGUCUUAUGCGUGACGCGCGAGAUUCCACCAUGUCUACUUCUCUAACUCUAACAGCAUUACAAGAGGAGGAUAUCAGUGGCCUGGUUGUGGCCAAUCCGGUGCAGGAGGAUUUGCCCUGGGCAGAGGCAGCCCGCAAGGAUAGACAGCACGACACAAACAGGCAGCAACUCAAACCAGGCAAGUGUUUGGUGGCUGUAGCCUUUGGGAUCGUGAUUAUGGUUGCCAUUAUUGCGGCUUUCCUUGGGACACGAACGACGAGUGAACCAGCAGUUGCCUCUUCUUCUUCCUUAGUUUCAAGCACCAGUGCCCCCAGCAGCAUUGAGGAUUACGUCUUGACACUUUUGAAUACUGAGACGCUACAGUCUAUUCUGGAGGACCCCCACUCAUCCCAGGCGCAAGCCUUUCGGUGGCUCAUGGAAGAUGGGGAGAACUUGCCAUACCUUUCAGUGGAGAGAGUUCAACAGAAGUUUGCCCUGGCAACACUCUACUAUUCCACCAAUGGGGACAGUUGGACCACCAACUCUGGCUGGCUGGACCACAGUGUCCAUGAAUGUGAAUGGUUCCAAGCUCCUGACUUUGCACAAAAGGAGAGGUUAGCAAAGAUUUACCCGGGAUAUCUCUCUGAGUUUUUCCCUCCUAGUGAACCACCCCCAAAAACCUGCAAUGAGAAUGGUCUCUAUCAGCACUUUUGGCUGGAUCACAACAACCUUGUUGGUUCGUUACCAGAAGAGUUGUAUAUGCUGACUUUGUUACAGACACUCUCAAUUGGACACAAUCAACUCCAAGGAGUCCUCUCACCCAAAAUUGGACAGCUCACAGCAUUGGAAGGAUUCUAUCCUGCUGGGAUGAUUCAUGAAGCAGCAUUGCCCUCUGAAAUUGGUCUGUUGACCAAACUGAGGGGCCUAUUACUAGGCAACAGCAAAUAUCCAGAAACCAUCCCGACAGAGUUAUGGCAGCUUACCAACCUACAGACCCUUGUUGUCCUUGGGCGUCCCAAUAUGCAAGGUAGUAUUCCUACAGAGAUUGCCAGCUUUUCCAAACUGAAGUGGUUUGUUAUAGAAGAUUGUGGGCUGACGGGAACACUUCCAACUGAACUGGGUCAAAUAGAAACUUUGGAAUGGCUAAUGAUCAAAAACAACCGAUUGUCUGGGACGCUCCCAACGGAGCUGUCCAUGAUCCCCAAUAUGCUACUGGUGACUCUGAAUGGCAAUGAUUUAGUCGGGAAGCUCCCUAGUGAGUUGGGCUUGCUGACUUCUCUCACCACACUCAUUUUCAGGCGCAAUCACUUCACGGGAACAGUGCCAACGGAGAUUGGGCUCCUCACAAACCUGGAAAUAGAGCUGAACCUACGCACCAAUCUCAUGACUGGAAUUGUCCCAUCGGAACUUGGGCGUUUGACUGGCCUCCAUGAGCUCUAUCUCCAAAACAACCAGCUUUCGGGUCAGAUUCCCAGUGAACUUGGUGGACUUUCAUCAACUCUUGGCUAUUUGCACUUGGCCAACAACAGCUUCUCUGGUGCCAUUCCGUCUGAGUUAUCCAGAUUGCAGCAAUCACUUCAUUCCAUUUCACUGGAUGGGAAUCCCAUGCUGAGUGGGGCAGUCCCAGAGGCCAUUUGCAACCUGAAUGGCUCGUGUGUCAUCUAUGCCCAGAAGCUGGAUCCCUGUGGAGAGCCCCAAGGUGUAUUCUUGGAUUGCACUGAUAUGCUUUGUGGCUGCGGGUGUCCUUGCUAGAUACCGGUACGGUAGAUAACAGUGUAGUGAAUGGACCUGAUGUUGCUGCAAUGGAGGGGAAUCUGGUUGCUCCGUGGCGCUCCGCAAGCGCACUCGAUUGCACGGUGUGGAGACGACUUGCGGGUAGAACUGUGACUUGAUCGAGCAAACACGCAAAAGCAGCCAUGCAGAGGUCGACUACAGCAACUAAUAGUAACGUCACUACUUGUACAGUGCCCGUUGGAUGGCUGAGGCUGUGCAGACUGGGUAGACGAACGCAUGAAUAGGCUCCUCUCUCGACGA